UAAUAAUGUAUGACUUGUUAUACAAAAUAAGUGACAAAUAUAUAGACAUUUAAGCCGUAAAGCAAUGACUAAUGAGUUGAAUGAAAGCAUUGAAUUGAAUGACUCUAUUGAAUGGUUGUAUUAAAUGGUUGUAUAACUCAAGUGUCGAUUAUCUGCCAAUUGUUGUGUCAUUUGAAGACAUGGAUGUGAUUGUAUGGACCCGUUGUUACGUUAAGAUGUGUAUGCAUUCACUCAAAUAUCCGCAUUCAACAGUCUGUGGUCUUCUUGUUUGUCAAAAGUCAAAGAAGUCGUCGAACCAAACAGUGAUGGAGAUCUUGGACUGCAUUCCUCUGAUUCAUUCGGGACAUGGAUUGACACAUGUCUUGGAAACGGCACUCAUUCAGAUAUCCAAUUACUAUAAAUCAAGUGAUGUCCAAAUCGGCGGUCUAUAUCAGGCAAACAAAUACUUCUUCGACUCGACGCCCACUGUAUUUGCCCAACGAAUUGGUGAGAAGUUACUCGAAAAUAACUCGGAAGCGAUGGUAGUGAUGGUCAAUAAUCUAGGGUUAGCUCAAGCAUUGGACGAUCACAAUGAGAUCGAGUCGGCCCUAACGGUCUACCAUUUCAAUGACCAGAAAUGGAAGUCCCGAUCGGGUGGAUAUCAUUUUGAUAACCCGAAGCAAGCCUUUGACGCCGUCCAAGAGUUCAUAUUUAAGGAUCAAAAGCACUUAAAUCUCAUUGACUUUGAUAACCAUUUGGAUGACAUCCGUUUGGAUUGGAAUAACAAACACAUCAAUGAUAUGAUCGACAAAUGGAUCAAAGUUUCAGAUAUUUAGUUAAUUAUAUUAAUAUAAAUCAAAACAAUACUUGAUUUAAUGUCUCAAAACACUUGACAUUUAGUUUAUAUUUAUAUAUAGAAAAUA